AUGGGCCAAUUGGACGACAAGCCCUUCGCACACACCGACAAAUUCUUAGGUGGGCGCAAGGGGAGUGGCGGCAGCUAUACGCUCGGCAUCCCGCGCGCCGGCGAGGGCAAGAUCCCGCUUCACGGAGUGAAAUAUGAGCAGAUUCUGCACAACUAUGGCAACGUCGAGUACGACGGGCAGAUUACGAUAGCAGGGCAACAGUUGUGGGGCAUCAUGGACACGGGCUCGUUCGACCUCCUCGCCUUUGACAAGGACAGGGGACAAAUGCCGUGGUUGUGGACAGGCUUCUAUUUUGGAUUGCGAGGAGCCUGCAUGCCACACCAAGGAGAGCUGUCGGGCUCCUGCAUCGAGUAUGGCAGUGGCAAGACUUGCGCGAACCAGGCUGCCUCGGAGGUCUCCGUCGGGCCGUUGACCAGCGAGGGCCAAGACUUCCUCCUCGCCUACAGCGCCGAGAUGCCCCUGCUGGCCGAGGCCGACUUCCAGGCGAUCGUCGGCCUCGGGGUCCCGAAGGGCGACGAGCUCUUGGUCAAGCUCGGAGUCCAGUAUCUCUCGGUGUGCAUGCCCGCGAACGCCGACGGGAAGAUGGUGUGGAACGACAACGCCCCCGGCAGUGCCUUCACCAGCAUGAGCGUCGCUGGCCAAGUCUUCUGGGGCCUCGUGAUGACGGACGCUGAGACACUGAGCAACGGCGAGAAGACGCACAGCGUCGGCUGCAACCCGAGCUGCGGCGCAGUGCUCGACACAGGCACCUCGCUCAUCGGCGCCCCUCAGUCCUUCAUCCGGGAGGUCGUGAAGGCCUUCGCGGACAUGGGCGGGUCCUGCUCGGACAUCAGCAGUCUGCCGAGUCUCAAGUUCAAGCUCAACGGCAACGACUUCUCUCUGCCGCCAGAGGCCUACGUGGGCCGCUACGUCACAAAGUCGAUCAAAUGGCUGCCGGACUGGGUGCCUCAGCCGGUAAUGAUCGGCUGCGAGCUCCUGCUGAUCGACGUGGGCGAUGUUAACACGGAGAAGGGCAAAAUGCUGAUCCUCGGCAUGCCGUUCUUCCGCUUCUACUACACCACUUUCGACCUCGGCUCCCCUGGUGGCUCGAACGUUGGCAGCAUGAAGGUCCACACGGCGCCCACGGGCGCAUCCUGCAUGCCGGGGACCAGGCUGGCGGACGGCGCCAUGGGCGGCACCAGGCGGCUGAUGGACGUCGACCCGGCGCGGGUGAUCCUGCCCAAGUGGCUGAAUCGGGCCAUGGCCGCGGGAGACACCCGAAAAGGUCCGACCAACAUCACCAUCCCCUUCUGA